AUGGGAAGAGCUCCUUGCUGUGACAAAGCCAACGUGAAGAAAGGUCCAUGGUCUCCUGAGGAAGAUGAAAGGCUUAAGUCUUACAUAGAGAAGCAUGGUACGGGAGGCAACUGGAUUGCUCUCCCUCAAAAGAUUGGUCUCAAGAGAUGCGGGAAGAGCUGCCGCCUUCGGUGGCUUAAUUAUCUUAGACCAAAUAUAAAGCAUGGAGGCUUCUCGGAUGAAGAAGAUAGCAUCAUAUGCAGCCUUUAUAUUGCAAUUGGAAGCAGAUGGUCUAUUAUAGCUGCGCAUCUUCCUGGAAGAACAGACAACGACAUCAAGAAUCACUGGAACACUAAGCUGAAGACAAGACUCCUCGGCAAACAGCGCAAAAAUCAACAGAACCGUCGUUCCUGCAUUCUAAAGCAAGCUAUGAUGAAAAAGAAAGCUGAUAGUCAGUCUGGAAGUGCUUCUAAUGAAGCUAACAACGGAUGGCUUAAACAGCCUGCCAUCAGCACAAUUCCGUUCCACUUUACUGAUUUUGCUUCUAAUGAUCAUUACAGCCAAGGUUCAAUCAGUAAAUUACAGAUGAAACUUUCUGAUGUGAGGUUUCCAUGCUGUGGAAAUGGAUCCCAUCAAGCCCAAGUUGCUCCUUCCUUAAAAAUUCCACAGGCCAUCUAUGACGAAACUCCAGUGAAUAGUACAAUGGCUUAUUCCAUCCAUGAGAAUAUAGUGAACGAUGGCUCGCCGUUUAGGAAUGUGGGUCCAGAAUUUUUCGAGCAAGGACUUAACUUCACUAAUAAUAACUCAUUAAUGAAGCUUGAAGGAUUUGAUUUCUUCUAUGGAAUGAGCAGCUUGAUCAAUGAGAGCGUUAAUGUAUCCGAAAGCUUUAUUUGGAGUGAGAUGAACUCUUUCACCCUUCCAGUAAUACCUAUGGCAUCCGGCUAUGAAGAGCCUAUGCGGAUUGGGGAGCAGUGA